GCAGGCAAAGUGAUGGAUUCCUUGACCAAGCCACGGAGAUUCAAGGAGGCGGACAUUCUGGAGGAGCGCAAAAACAAGUGCGAAGCCGCCUUCCUUCUAGCGGACAGAAAGAAGCUUGCAUUGCUGGAGAAAUCCAAGUUCAAGCAGUACCUGCUCGUCUUGAAGGACGAAACGAAGCUGUUCCCCCUCACGCUUCAGAUCCAGUGCACGCAGCGCAUGCUGGCAGACUUGCUGUCGGAGGUUUGCAGCAUGGAAGACACGGCUCAGGCUGUGGCGCAGAUGGAGCAGUGGACCCAGCUUCUUUUCCCAUGGACGCUCCCCAGUGUCGGAGCAGUGGAUCUGUUGGAUGCUCGCAAACCGUCUUUCACCCCGAUCCUCCAGUGCAUGUUGCGGGAAGACAGCCUGAAUGAUGAUGAUGAUGAUGGCGAGAACUCCCAAGGCGAGAACACUUUGGAGGCACUGCUGCGUGAACAG